AUGAAGGAAGAAGAGAAUUCGUCCAGCUAUUUUAACUUCCUAAAGAGCGCUCUUCAUCUGUCCAAAAAGUACAACCUAAAAUUUCAAAGAAGGUUAUAUGAAGACCUUUUAGACAGCCAGUGCUACCGACAAGGGGUAAACACUUCUGUCAUUCAUGAGGAGUCUUAUUUAAACUAUGGCGACUUGAACGGGUUAUAUGACUAUACAAAAAGAAAAUGCCAAGAUGAUAUCUGUGAUAAUGUUGUAAAAUACGGAUACAUCUAUGCUUGCUAUAAAUUGAAAAAGGAAAAAAGGAAAGUCAUUCUGCUAAUGCUGCUGGAUGAGGAGUACAUAAAAUACAACUGCAAGGGGGAGGUGCACGAAAAGUACGAAAAGAAGAAUAUCAAAUUUUAUGAAAAUAACUUUUACGAUGUGAAAAAGCUUCCAGGACAUAGUGCUGGAUAUUACAUUAUGGGGAAAUUGUGCGAAAAGGAAGCUAAAAAUGAGUGGUUUAAUGAUGCGAAAAAGAAGAAAUUAAUAGAUAUAGCAUUUUAUUGUUAUUACUUGUGCUUUAAAUCAUGCCCCAUUUUCUUUUGCGCAUUUAAGAAGUUACUAAAGCUGCACGGAAACUUUUACUCUAAUGCUAUGUUCACGGAAGAAGUAGAAAAGUUUUCGAAAGUGUAUAACUUUGGAGUUCCCUUUUACCAGUCGUGGGGAGUGUGCAGCGGGGUGGAAGAUAAGGAGGAGCAGCAGGAUGAGUACGGCGAAGAAGAUGAAGAGGAGUACGGCGAGCAGGAUGAAGAGGGGUACAGCGAGGAGGAAGAAGAUGAGUACGGUGAGGAGGACAUGGGCGAGUGCGAGGGGGGGGGAGACAUAGAUGCCUAUGGCGAGGAGGACACAGACGAGUACGACGUAGAGAAUGCAGAAAUGCACGGCGUAGAGAAUACAGUCUUGUACAACGUAGAGAAUGCAAGCCUGUACGACGUAGAGAAUGCAGAAGCGCACAUCACGGAAAAUGCUGAUUCCCACUGCUAUGAGAAAAGAGCGUCCCAUAGGGAGAAAACUUCCCAUUCGGAUUACACCAUUUUGGAAGAGUUAGAAUUCGAAAAGGAUACAAACGGCAUAGAUGUGAAGAGCGCGGAGUUUAUUCUAUCAUUAAUAGGAGAAGAAGAAAUGAAGAAGUCUCUUUGGGAGUGGGAAAAGCAGUUCGAAGAGGAAAUAAAUAUGAUCACGGGCGACAAAGGAAGUGAGUACAUUUCAAACAAAGCAAUAGUAAAUUUAUGGGCACUAGGAAAAUUGUACUAUUACUUUUAUGUAAAUAAUUUUAGAAAAUGUUUAGGGUUAAUAGAGGAGUGGGAAGACAGACCAAUUUUUAGUACAUGCAUUUUUUACGUCAAAGGAUUAUGUCACUUUUUACUUAGGAAUUAUGAACAGGCGAUUUUUUUUUUUGAAAAAAUUCAUGAUAUAGAAUCUUUUUAUACGAAACAUUUACCCUUUCUGUCAACAUGUUAUUGGUGCAAAGCAGAUAUAGACAAGAUAGAACACAUUUUGCUGAGUUAUGAGAAGAAAGAAGUGAAUGAAGAUUUUUUAUGUCUUAUAGGAAAUUAUUUUUCCCUAAAAAAUAACAAAAGAAUGGCAGUAUAUUUUUUCAGAAAGGCAAUGAGGUUAAAUAAGUUUUACGAAUAUGCCUAUAUUCUCUACUCUUGUGAAAUGAAACUUUUGGGAAGCAUGCGCAAGGCAGCUUUAGCAUUAUCGAAAUGUCUACAAAUAAAUGCGUGUAAUUUUAAAGUACACUUGUUACUAAGCGUUAUAUUAUUUCAGGAGAAAAACUACGAGCUAGCGAAUGUUCACUUGAGUUUAUGUCUUAAACUAAAUAGUAGUGAUGCGCUUGUGUCUAUGUACUGCGCUUCAAUAUAUAAUCAUCAGGAGAAAUACGAAACUGCCUUACUAUGUUUAGAACAUGCACAGAAGAAUGAUUAUGAAGGAAUUGAUCUGUUCAUUAUGCAGGGUGUCAUAUUUUUAAAAAUGAAACGAAAUGAAGAUGCUUUGAACAGCUUCUCGAAAGCUCAAAAAAUCAACCCCCUCUGCAGUUAUGUGAAAGUGCUGAUUGCAUUUACCUUAGUGCUAGAAAAAAAUUUUGAAAAAUCGAAAGUAGCGAUAAAAGAAUUAAUUCUGCAGGAGGAAAAAGAUGUAAACAUAAAUUUCUUGAAAGAUAUUUACAAAUGUUGUAAUUUAAAAACGGUUCCAAGCGAGGGGGUUCUAAAUAAGUUGGAGUUAUUUCUUAGGGAGGGCAGCUUUUUGGAAAACUUUAGCAUGCUGAAUAAUGCUAAUCAGCGGUGA